AUGACUCAGCAACAUCUCCCCGAUUCCAACUACCUUCUGCCCUACAAUGAAGCAGAGAUCAGGCGGCUACGUUUGCAGCACGGCCUCAUUCAGUCGUACAUGGGCGGGCUGAUCCUAGCUCCAAUCAACUUUGAGCAGAGGGGGUUGAAGAUCCUCGACAGUGGGACUUUUGACGGCUUUUGGCUCGCCGAGGCAUCCAAGCUGGUUACAGAGCCGAUCCUCGUCGGUGCGGACAUUUCUCCGACGAUGUUCCCGACAUCCAGCUCGGGAUCGACCGGCGAACUGAGCUUCCACGUCCAGUCGGUGACCGAGCCCUGGCCAGAGACUUGGAAAGGGACGUUUGAUCUUGUGCACCAGAGAUUGGUCCUGGCAGGAACAACGCCAGAGGUCGGCAAAAAUGCGGUCAGGGGUCUUGUGGAGCUGGCAAAGUCUGGCUCUGGCUAUGUGUAG